AUGCACGUUACUCUCGCCGUCGAUGAUGACAUAAUACAGGCCAUUCACGCCCCGGCUCUCGCCUCUCUAGCUCUCGAACAUCGCCGAGUGGACCUACUGCGUGCAGCCCGUUACCACUACUCCAAAGCCUUGACUCGGACAAACCAAGAUCUAAGCGAUCCUAAAGUAGCCAUACUCGACAAGACCCUUCUCCGUGUGCUGUUGCUCUCAACUUUCGAGGGAUUAGUCUUCGAAGGUCGAGGUUCAACGAGGAACUGGGAACUCCACGUGCAAGGUUCAUUAAGGCUCUUGGUGAUGCGAGGAAGGCAACAAUUCCAGACUGAAUUCGGGCGCAGACUGUUCCACCAUACCGCCAUCAAUGUGUUGACAAAUUGCAUAAUGCAAUCAAGCCCGAUAGCAGACGAUUUCUUGGAACUCUUCGAUUAUGCCCUUUCUGGCGAGUCGGGACUCGACAUAUCGAGGACUCGCAUGAUUGGAUUCGUCUGUCAAUUCGCUAAACUGUCUGAUACCAGAAAAGGCAUGUUGGCGACGGAAUUUGUGAGGGAGUGUAUGGACCUUGACCAAAAGGCCGUCGAGUUUAUCGAUACAUUCUUCAAAGAAUUGCCGUAUGAGAUCAUCAAUGUCACGUCCGAGGAAGACCGACAGAAUGCUCCUGGCACAGAUAUCUGCGCUUACAAAGAUACUAUACACAGAUAUCAGUCUCAACAGUCAGCUCGUGUCUACAACACCGCUAGGCUCAUGCGAUUGACAGUCAAAGAGUGGAUAUACAGCGUCUUCGAUCGGAAUCCCCAUCAAGUCAUCCUCGAUGAACCCGACGAAGAUGACCCCUUUAAAGCCACCUGGAGCCAGCUUCCCAUCAAGGCCGCACUGCAAGCCAGCGAUGUAAUUGACGACAUGCUAGCUAGUGUGCCAUACUCGCUAGAGCUGCUGAAUACACCGUUCCGAACAGCUUCACGAUAUGUGGUCUGGCCACUUGCAAACGCUGCAGGAUCUGAAGUUUGUCCUCCACCUGCGAGGCUGUAUAUCAUCGAUCGGCUGAAAGAGCUGGCUGUCAAAGCAAACCUUGACCAGGCUAUGCAAGCGGCGAAUAUGUUGGAGGAGAGAGUGCCGUUAGAGGACUGGCAAGUUAGCCUUGAUGGUAAAUGGUAUGUCGGUAUGCUAAUGACUCUUUGA